AAUCCACCCACCGGCAAUUCGCAUUCCAAUUUCCCAUCCCCCCAAAUCCUCCAAUCUCCCCGCGCCGCCGCUCGAUCCCAUCCUCCUCGCCCCGCUCCGAUGGCCCGCACCAAGCAGACGGCCAGGAAGUCCACCGGCGGCAAGGCCCCGAGGAAGCAGCUGGCCACCAAGGCCGCUCGCAAGUCUGCUCCGGCCACCGGCGGCGUGAAGAAGCCCCACCGCUUCCGCCCCGGCACCGUCGCGCUCCGGGAGAUCCGCAAGUACCAGAAGAGCACGGAGCUGCUCAUCCGCAAGCUCCCCUUCCAGCGGCUGGUGCGGGAGAUCGCGCAGGACUUCAAGACCGACCUCCGCUUCCAGUCGUCCGCCGUGGCGGCGCUGCAGGAGGCCGCGGAGGCCUACCUGGUGGGGCUCUUCGAGGACACCAACCUCUGCGCCAUCCACGCCAAGAGGGUCACCAUCAUGCCCAAGGACAUCCAGCUCGCCCGCCGCAUCAGGGGCGAGAGGGCGUGAGCGCGCGUGCUGCUAGUGCUGCUGUGUCGUGGUGUUCUUUCUCUGUUCAGUAGGGCUGGCACUAGAUGGAUGAAUUCUGUGCUGCUGUGCAAUCCUUUAGUAAUCUUAUGGAUGUAUUGGUCUCACUGCAAUGGAAUAUGAUGACUGGUUUCUGAAAUUUCUGAAUGGCUUCGCCCUUUC